ACGUGAGACGCAAAAUAAUAUAUAGUAUAUUAUAAUAUUCUUCUGGCGGGAACAGAAACAAGUUGACACUCGCGUUAAAACAAAACACAAACAUUAUUUCUAAUAAUUGAGUGUCGUAUGUUUUUUUUUAAAACAAGUGAAUCUCGAUAAAUACGUCGAUGUGGAAGUCAAAGCCAGUUCAUUCGCGUCUAGAAUUUAAUUCCAUUAGAUUCAUUUUCUAUCACAGACAUCAGUGAUAAUUUCUAACCUCGCUUUGUGGCCUCUCCGUUGUUUUCAUAACAAAAUAAAAUUUAAUUGUCAAUUUAAAUAUUUGAUAAAUUAAUGCAAUGGGUAGUCCUGUCACAAGACGAGUAAAACGUAAAAUUUGUGAUCCUGAUGAAGGUCAGAAGUCGAAAAAAGCUCGAGAGAGUUCUGAAGAGGAUGUUGAAAUUCCCGCAAAAGAUCCACAAACCGCUGGAAAAAUUUUGAAAAUCCAUCUGCGUAAUAUUAUGUGCCAUGAAUCAUUAGAAGUUGAAUUCAAUCCUAAUGUUAAUUUCAUUAUUGGAAAAAAUGGUAGCGGUAAGAGUGCUAUCAUAACAGCGAUAGCUGUUGUUUUUGGUGCACGUGCUAAUAUUACAAAACGAGGAGAUUCAUUGAAAGCUUUAAUAAAAGACGGCUGUGAGGCAGCGAGUAUCGACAUUGUUAUUUCGAACGUCGGAUCAUUGGCAUACAAACCAGAAUUGUAUGGUGAUACAAUAAAAAUAACCCGUACUUUUGGUUCCAAGUCUCAGUACAAAUUGUCAAACUCUCAUGGCAAAUUAAUAUCGAGUAAAAAACGAGAUUUAGAUUCAUUGGCGACAUGCAUGAAUAUUCAAAUUGAUAAUCCCAUAUCUGUAUUAAAUCAGCAUCAAUCAGCGACUUUCCUCAAGGAUUCAAACGACUCUAACAGAUACGAAUUAUUUAUGAAAGCAACUCAAUUGUCAACAAUAAACGACAAUUACAAAUCAGCAUUAAUUGAGAGUCAAGAAACUACGCGUAUUUUAGAAAAUACUUCGAAGCAGUUGCAUCAAGAAAAAAAAGAAAUUGAACAUUUGGAAAAUAAUUUACGUAAAUUAUUAUCACUGGAUAAUAUACGCACAGAGUUUGAAGCUGUACAGCUCGAAUUGAAAUGGGCUGACGCUAUUGCUGAAGAAGAAGCUCUGGUAUUACGCGAAGGUCUAGUCACGCAGUAUCAAAAUAAAGUACAGCAGUUUGAAAAUACGCACCAAGACAAUGGAAAUAAAAUUCAAGAGAUCAACAAUAAUUUGGACGAGUUAAAUAAUCAAGUAAAAGAUAUUGAAGCCGAGGCUCAGGCUGCGCGCGAAUCCUACGCGACAGCUAAAGUCAAUUAUGCCGCGAAAAAAGAGACGGUGAGCAACAAAGACCGGGAGAUUAAAAAUUGUCAGAAACAAAUUCAAAAGUUAAAAGCAGAUAUCGUUACUUACACUAAUGAAAUUGAGCGUUUGGAAGGCGGGAGUGGUCAAGCUGAGCAGAAACGGAACCAUCAGAAAAACAAAGUUGAAAAAUUGAAAGACAAACUCGCGGAAAUCGAGGCUUUAUUGAAUACAAACAAAACGGAACUGUCACAUCUAGAGACCACUAAGAUGCAGUACGAGCAGGAGGAGCGCAUGAAAAAAAUGGACGCUGAUAAAAAAACCAGUGAGUGCAAUCGCAUUGUCGGGCAGUUGAGAAAUUUUGAAAAAUCUGGCGGCGGAAAUAAUUCUAUUUACGGGCGAAAUAUUCCGCGUUUGAAACGACGUAUAGACGAGGAAUACAACAGAGGGCGUUUUAGUAAAAAACCAAUCGGGCCGAUUGGUGAGUUUAUUAAAUUGAAAGACCAGUCCUGGAUACCGGCGGUUGAAAAUUAUUUGGGUAACCUCAGCUCAUUCUGCGUCGACAAUGCCCAGGAUUCAAAGACACUUGGGAAUAUUAUGCGGGAAAUUUACGGAAAUGAGCAGAGCCCGACAAUACUGUGCAGUAGAUUUCAUAACCGAGUUCACGAUGUCAGCAGGAAGUGCGCGCAGGAUCAAAAUUAUUCAAAUCUAUUGGACAUGAUGGAGAUAUCGAAUCCAGUUGUUGCCAAUUGUAUCAUUGAUCAGAAAGAACCGGAAUGUUUGCUGCUGAUACCGACCAGCGAAGAGGCCAAAGAAAUGAUGGGUCAGGCGAGAAAUGUACCGCGUAAUUGUAAGCGCGCUAUCACCAAAAAAGGCGACACAUUUUUUCCAGAUCCUCAGUAUCGUACCUACGGUGGUAGAGUUGGCAGAGCGAGAUAUCUCCAGGUAUCGACAACUGACGUAAUUCAGAGUUUACAGGAAGAACUUGCGGUUGCUGAGAGAGAAAGAAAUUUGGCUGUCGAUGCGUACAAAAUAAAACACGAGGAGUUGUUGAGAAAUAAUAAUAAUUAUAACGAUUUGCAGAAAAAAAUUCGAGAAUUGUCUGUUUUGAAGGACAGAAUUGUGAGAGAGAUAAAUGAUUUGUAUGAAGCACUUCAGGAAGAUGUUAGUGAUAAUUGCGCGGUAUUUAAAGCUGAUAAAAUUGAAUCGGAGAGAAAAUUGAAAAUUAAAGAAAAUGAGUUGGCCAAACUGACAGAGGAAAAAGUUCAGCUUGAAGCUGAAUUAAAAGAACUUGCGGUUGAAGUACGUGACUGUCAUGCUAAUAAUUCAAAUCGCAGUGCGAAGAUAACGGAUAUAAAACAACAAAUACGAGAAUUAGAGACGGAGAGAACGCAAAUUAAAAAUAGUGUAAUUAAUACCAAGCAAAGAAUUGAAAAAGCACAACAAGAAUUGGCUACUGCUGUUGAAGCCUGCGAUCUCCAGCGUGGGAGGACAGCAACGGUCGUUGCUACUGCACAGAAAGCUGGUGAUCGAAUUGAAACAAAAAGAUCACCACCGCAAUUAAAAAAUCUGGCCCAGUCACUUGAAACGAGGAUUCAAAGUGUCGAACAAAAUCUUGGUUCCAGAGAAGAAUUGGAGGAGCAGUUGAAUAUCAAGAGAAACAAAAGCAAAGACAUCAUUGAAUUGUUCAAUGGCCUUCAGAAAGUAAACAGAAAACAUAUGGCCAGAGUUGAGCAGAGAAGAGAGGAGUUUCAAAAAAUGAAAAAAGUUAUGGCGCGCAAAGUAAGACAUGAGUUUAUGAAUGUGCUCAAUCUGAGAAAUUAUGAUGGCUCGCUUAUAGUCGAUUAUGCCAAUAAGAAGCUCAAGAUUGAAGUUAUUCCACGUACUAGAGAACAACAAGCUACUAAUGAUGUCCACACAUUGUCGGGAGGUGAAAGAUCUUAUUCAACAAUUGCGUUUGUUCUGGCACUCUGGGAGUGUACCACUUUGCCAUUUUAUUUUCUUGAUGAAAUUGAUGUUUUCAUGGACAAAGUGAACAGAAGAUUAGCCUACGAUCUAUUAAUUUUACAUGCCAAAGAUCAUCCUGAACGACAAUUUGGUUUUCUAACUCCACUUGAUGCUUCUAUUUUUAAAGCUGACCAAUUUAUAAAGAUUUUACGACUCGCACCACCAGAACGGGCUAAAGAUACUCAAUCUCAACGGAGUCAACGUAGUCAGGAAUAAAGUAUUACUACUUAACUUUAUUUUUAUUCCAAAAUAUUAUUUUAUUUUUGUUCUUUAUUAACUAUUACUAUAUUAUUUAUUUAAUCGCUAGUUCAUUUAUUUAUCGUUCUAACAAAAAAAAAAAAAAAAAAACAUUUUCCAUAAGUUAAUUAGUCGUUCCUCAGAUGCCUUAACUUAUUAAAAAAAAAACAUACAAAGAUAUCUGAUAGUUAUUGAUUAAAAAAAUUAAAAGUUUAAUCCUAUUACUACUUUAAUAGUAAUUAUUUAUUUAAUGUUUUUAUUAUUUGUCAAAGUUUAAAUAUAUAAUAUUGGCAUACAUA